UCAUUACUCAAUCUUCAAUACUCCAAAAGAGCUUUCAGCUGAUUGCUAGUUCCACAAUGUCCAUUCUCGCAGUCGCAAAGCUUCUUAUAGCUUUCACCGCCCUCUUCACUCCAGGAGCUGAACCUAUGACGUUAACCUUCAGGAACAACUGCCCGUACACGGUAUGGCCGGGGACCCUCACCGGCGGCGGCUCGACUCAGCUCUCCACCACCGGCUUCGUCCUAGCCUCCAAGGCGUCAUUCCGCAUCGACGACGUCCCUCCCAACUGGAGCAGCGGCCGUUUGUGGGCUCGGACCCACUGCACCAACGACUCGUCCACCGGCAAGUUUGUCUGCCUCACCGGCGACUGCGCUUCGGGUCAGGUGCAGUGCAAUGGCGCCGGUGCCAUCCCUCCGGCUUCCCUCGUGGAGUUCACCCUGAACGGAAGCGGCGGGCUCGAUUUCUACGAUGUGAGCCUCGUGGACGGGUUCAACCUGCCGGUCUCGAUCACACCGCAGGGAGGAGGGAGCUGCAACGCCACCAGCUGCCCGGCCGACGUGAACGCAGCCUGUCCGCCGCAGCUCGCGGUGAAGGGCCCCGACGGGACCGUGAUCUCUUGCAAGAGCGCGUGCCUUGCGCUGAACGAGCCCCGCUACUGCUGCAGCGGCGAUUUGAAUACGCCGGAGAAGUGCCCGCCGACGGAAUACUCGAAGUUGUUUAAGGACCGGUGCCCUCAGGCUUAUAGCUAUGCUUAUGAUGAUGGGACCAGCACGUUUACUUGUCCCACGGGCCAGGAUUACUUGAUCACAUUUUGCCCUUGAUUAUAAUGAAUCAGGGUAAUGAUCACGCGGUGAUAUUUAGUUAUUUAUGUGUACGAUCUUGAAAUCUAUUCAACUAAUGAUGGUGUAAUGAGUAAAAAUAAGACAAAGAGACUGGUUUAUAAGUAGAUGUACGGCGAUUCUAUAGUUAAUUUCUGUCAUAAAUUAAACCCAC